CCCAGGCCCAGCCGUACCUCCACUUCCAACCCCACGGCAGCUCCAUGGCGAGGGACGAACCCUCCGCCGCCGCCGUGGACGUCGCCGACGGCGACUCACCCUCCUCCAGCCCAACCCUCACGCGCCUACGGGAAGCACUCGCCGCCCUCUCCAAGGCGUUCGAGUCCGGCGACACCGCCUCCUCCGACGCAGCCGCUGCCCUGGUCGCCGAGAUUCUCAGCCCGUCUGAUGCUGACGCGUCCGCCGCGCUCUCCGAGCAGAUGCUCCGCGAGGUCCACGCGUUCCUCUCGCGCCCGUCCUCGAAUCAGAUGGCCAUAGACGCGCUGUCUCUGGAGCUUCCCAAGCCUGUGGCGAAGCUGGGUGCUCGGAUGGGGAAUUGCCGGGACAUUGCCAGGACUAUCAUUGAGUUCUUUGUGUCAAAUUGCAGCCCAAGGGACAUGCUCUGCAUCCUCUGCGAGGCAUUAGAUACACCAGUGGCAUUAAAUGGAUCAGCAUACCUUGUUAUUCUACUAGAUGGGCUUGCCAGCACGCUUAUUUUGAUUCAGAGGAGACACAUUGAGCAAGUAAAGGUCGUACUUCCUGCCAUCCUUCGAGUUAUGCACGCUAAUUUAUCAGAAUGUGAUGGGGAACAUGGAAUGUCUGCUGUUGAUCUGUUCAGUGCAGCCCUCAGAAUAGGCAAUGCUAUACAAGAAAUGUGCAAAACAAUGGUCAACCACAGGAAGGAAGAGCUAUGUUCUAUACUUGGUCUAUACGCCCUUCAAAACAUAGCUCUUUUGCAGGCUCUUGUAUCAUCAGAAAGCAAACAUCAGAAUAUUCAGUCUACUUGUGGUUCAGUUGUUCUUCAAUAUUCUAAACUUCUUAUGUUUUGCGGGUUCACCUAUUUGGGUCUUUUAACUGGUAAUGAUGUGACCUCAGCCACCACUAAGCUUUCUAAAGAAGAGGACGACAAUUUUCUGGACUGCUUUUCUUUUGCUAUGGACGGUGCAAGUCUUGUAGUUGUGUGGACCUCUAUGCAUGAUGAUAUGUCAAAAUAUGCUGGAGCAGAGUUUGAAUCUGCACUGAAAGAAGUUCAAGACAAUUGUAUUAGGAAAUGGGAAGCAAUCAACAUGUUUAGAUAUGUCUUAUCUUCAGUUAAUUACUCAUGGGCAAUCAAAUCUCACAGUCUGGACUUAUUGUUAACUUUAGUUGAUGAUAAGUGUAGUGAGGAAACCAACGAUCAUGUAGAUUUCCCAUGUUCCACUCAAAUUUUUGCCAUACUCAAGGCCAUUGAAAGAGUCAUGAUAGCUGCCCCAGAUACGUUGAUGCGGAAGAAAGCCUUUUCUGCCCUGAAAAGGGUNAUUUCAGUGGUGCCAUCCACUCAGAGAUUUGAUAUCUUACAGGCCCUCAUCGAGAAUAGUAUGUUCCCCUCCUUGACUGCAAUUCUUUUAGAUCUGGUGAAGAAUGAAGUUUUGAGAGAGAGCCGUCGAGCUGAUCAGGUUAAUGGAUCUGAUCGAUCACAAGAUUCUGGGGAAUCACCACCCUGGGCUUCUCAGGUGCUUGAGUUAGUGGAGCUGAUCUUGAGGCCUCCAGAAGGUGGUCCUCCUUGUCUUCGUGAUCAUAGUGAAGAGGUGUUAUCUGCUCUGAACUUGCUCAGAUUGAUUCUGAUAAUAGAUUCAAGAGGAUCCAGAUCAGCAAAAAUGUUGCGGGACGAAAAAAUACGAGCCGUGUACUCAGAGUGGCUGCUCCCACUAAGAUCAGUUGUUACAGGGAUUCAAUCGGAACUCGAGAAAGACGGCGGUGACGACGACGAAAAUCAGAUGGCGUGCUUGUUAAAUCCUGUUCAACUCGUACUUCACCGCUGCAUUGAGUUGGUGGAGGAAAAGAUGAAAGGUUUGUAAUGCUCGUACAGUGCCUAGCGCAGUGUUGCCUUCGCCAGGAAAUGUGAAAUUUCACUCAUCAGUAUUCUGACUCCAUUUCCUCCAUUACAUGUGCCAUAUAGACGUCCUCUGCUGCGAGUAUAUGUAAAUCCUCAAUGAAAUGUUCCCAUUCACUGUUUAUGGGCCUCGUGCAGUUUUAUUCAUCUCGGAUCAAUGGUUGUGCGGUGUGAAGUACUACCUCUGUCUCAUAUAAUAUAAAAACACGUCUUAUAUUGGCGGGUAA